UGUGCUACGAUCUGCCCACCCCCUGCUGCCGCUGGGCUAGCGAUUGCCGCUCGCUCCAGCUGAGCUCAGAGUAGCUGCAGCACCAGGGCAGGGACCGACUCCAGCCCUUCGACUUAGGACAUCGCUGCACCUCCCAUUCGUGCGUGACUCAUUCGCACAUCAUUUCUGUUUAUGCCUGGGGUGGGGAGAAAAAUCCCAAACCAGCUGUGUAAAUGAGUAUGGAAGAUUAUGAUUUCCUGUUCAAGAUUGUUUUAAUUGGCAACGCUGGUGUGGGGAAGACGUGCCUAGUCCGCCGAUUCACUCAGGGUCUUUUCCCCCCAGGUCAAGGAGCCACCAUUGGAGUUGAUUUUAUGAUCAAGACAGUGGAGAUUAAUGGUGAAAAAGUCAAGCUGCAGAUCUGGGACACUGCAGGCCAAGAAAGAUUUCGGUCCAUCACCCAGAGCUAUUACCGGAGCGCCAAUGCCCUGAUCCUUACCUAUGACAUCACCUGUGAGGAGUCCUUCCGCUGCCUUCCCGAGUGGCUGCGGGAGAUAGAGCAGUAUGCUAGCAACAAGGUCAUCACGGUGUUAGUAGGAAACAAGAUUGACCUGGCCGAAAGGAGAGAGGUCUCCCAGCAGAGAGCCGAAGAGUUCUCAGAAGCCCAGGACAUGUAUUACCUGGAGACCUCAGCUAAGGAGUCGGAUAAUGUGGAGAAACUCUUCCUGGACUUAGCGUGCCGGCUCAUCAGUGAGGCCAGACAGAACACUCUGGUGAACAAUGUAUCCUCACCUUUACCCGGAGAGGGGAAAAGCAUCAGCUAUUUGACUUGUUGUAAUUUCAACUAAAGGCUGACGCGAGGAAAAGCGAGAGGAAUCAGCAGCUGCCUUGAUGGCCACGAUUUGCUGGCGAGCCCUGGCGAUGGCUGUGGCUCCAGCUCUGGACCUUCUGACUCCUGUGGGCUCCUGAGCUUGCCAAGCGUGGCAGGCAGGGGCCUUGGCCAUGGGCAGCGUUAGCAGAACAUACAUGGUUUCACCCUUUUGCAGUCUGGAGUUGGAGCAAGGAGAAAAUUGCAUUAGGCACUCCGUGAUCUGCAGAGCAUGUUGCUUCUGUUUUUUUUAAAAGCAAGUAAAAGUGCAUUCCUGACACAGGCCAGGGGGAGUGUACCAGAGGGACCCCUCCUGCGCAUUAGUGGGCGCACGGGGGCUGUUCUUCGGGGCUUCAGUGGUAAUCUAGUGGCCCUGGUGUUCUUGUCUACCAGACAAACCAAAACUGGGAAGGCAAGUACUGUCUCUGUGGUGACCCCAUGGAGAUUCUGAAAAGUGUUGUUUCUUUUGUCCACAGGCACUUUCAAAAACUUUGGGAUGUAAAAACGAAAUGAAGCCUUUACCCAUGACCAACAGUAACAGUCGGUGUUUAAUAGUAAUUACAAGCUCCAUGGCUCCUUCUGGUGCUAACGAUCCCACUGCUUCACAGACCAAGCGUCUCAGUGUGGACACGCCCUUACAUGUGUUACCUAGAAUAAAAAAGGUGGGGAAGUCCAUGAGUCAGAACUUUCUUUCAGCAUUUCAUUACUACCUUUUCUAGGAUAGAUUUAUUGGAAAAGACAAUACUUUUUCUUUCAUGUUCCUCCUUAAAUCUUUCUUCUAUUUUCUCAUCUUUCCUGACCUUUAAGUAAAUGAAAGUUUAAAAAAGGAAAAACAAAACAACCACAAAUGGUUGAAGAUAUUCUAAAAUACAAGAUUAGUUCCAAGACACUAUUAGUAGUCUGAGGAAACAGCAAAUAUGACCAAAUACUGUGGAUUAAGGACAGCAGAGCAGGGUUUCAGGCAGAGCACAGCCCUUAUUAACAGGUUGCAUCUUCUACUUCCUGGUACUAGCUGUCUUGGGUAAGCCAAGGCUUAGGAUUUUAUAGAUAUUUUUCAUAUGAUAAGUGAAAAUAGCAGUAGAUGAAAAGUCCCACAAACCAUUUUUGUAUCUCCAAUAACCUUAGCAAAAUUCUAUUAAGUGAAGCAGGUUGAACCGUCAUUAAUCAUCUCUUUAUGAUGUUACUCCCAGACGCACGGCCGCACAUGCUUUCCUGUGUCUUUCUCUUUUCCUCUCUCCUGGUCUGUCCUCUGGUUCGCUCUUACCUUUUUCCUUACCCUCCUCCCUCCCUCUUGUCUGCUUCGCAUGCAUUACUGCAAAUCUCCAAUUCAAAUGGAGGUAUAUAUGCCUUUUCUUAGCCAAUUUUGAAACAGGAUGGGAACGGAAGAUGUGCUGCUGAAUAUGUGUUCCUGUUUCCUUAGUGCCAUACUUGAUUCUUUCCAAUUUGUUCGCUGAUACAAAUGCAAAUUGGGAAAGUAGUUAACCCUGUACACUGUUGACGCUAUCAGAUGUUUCUGCAGCUCGAUGCUUAGCAUAAGUGGGGGGGCACCUAAUAAAAUCUGGACAUGAUGUAAGUCUGCCAUUGCUGUAGAUGGUGACAAUCUCGGAUCUGAUGCGCUGAUGUUUGAAAGCUACUUAAUGUAAUGAGUCAUACACUUCAUGGUACUGAUACAGCAUUUUCAGCCUCUCUCUAGCAGAUCUGGGAUGACCAAUCUCUUGCACAGGGGGUUACAUAUAUUGUUUAGGGACUGCUACUUCUGACUGGCCUCACUGUGUUGGUCCCGGUUGUAUUGGAAAGAAGAAGGAGAUGCCAGAAGUUUGAAUUGCCUUUCUUUUAGAGUCUCUGUAGGAAAGAAAAAUCAUCCUAAUAAAAGCCAAAAUAAUUUAUAAUUAUUAUUGCUUUUCCUCCCCAUCUUUUCCACUAAGCCAACAGCUAAAGGUAUCAGAAGAUAAUCAAGUGAGCAGAACUUACUUUUUGAACU